AUGGCGACGGUGGUGGCAUUUCACCUUAUUUCCGGCGAUGGCGGUGGGGGCCGAUCGGGCUCGACGUCGGUCAGAAGGUUGGCGGGGGCAAAGGAAGGCAACGAGGUAGUAGUAGCACCGAUGGGAGAUCUAACAGACGAGGGAGGAGGCGGGCUUACUGCGGCGGUGGGUGUCGACGUCGCCGGAGAAGAUGGCGACGGCGGCUCGGACGUCGAGGGCAUCGGCUGCUCCGGGGUCGGCGGCGACGGCAGAGUAGAUGGGGAGGUGCCGCGCGACGGGGGGAAUCUGAUGGCGGUGGCGGCGUCGGUCGUGGGCGGCGGUGAAGUGCGGGACAAGGCGGCGGAGCUCGCGAACUCCGGCGAGUUCGCGAGGGGCGUGGGGAGGGUCUCGGGCGCUGCGGUUUGA